AUGCCGCAUAAACAUACACGUAAAGGGGGGGAUGAUAAAUCUACUAUUAACCUACCACCCACUACUAUCGCAAAACCUUUACCUGUUUCUAAAUCCAGCAAUGCCAACGGAAUCUUUACCAGCGAACUAAAUCCUACGCGCAAAAACAAAAAGAGAAAGAGAAAUACCAAUGCGGACGAUGACACACCGAAAGCAUUUGCAAGGCUUAUGGCCUUUAAAUCCGGACAGAAAUUACCCAAAGGAUUAGAUGAUGGAUUGAGAAAACCAAAAGCCAAAAAGGCGAAGAAUAACGAUGAUGAUUCGGAAAAGAAGAAUGUUUCAACACCAAAGAAAGAAGAGCCAGCCAUGGAAAUUCCCAAAAUUAGACCCGGAGAAAAGAUGUCGGAGUUUUCAGCAAGAGUUGAUGCGGCAUUACCAGUUGGAGGAUUGAUUCAUAAAAGUGCUAAAGGUGGUAAAGAUCCAUUAGGUCUCAAGCAGGGACGUACCAAGACGGAGAAGAAGAUGCAUCGAAUGUAUGAUGAAUGGAGAGAAGAAGAGAAAAAGAUUCAAGAGAAACGACAAGAAGCAGCAGAAUUGAGGGAGGAGGACGACAUGGAGAUGGAUGGAGAAGGGCAAAUGCAGUGGAAAUCCGACAUAAACACAGAUGGAAAGACAGGCAAGAAUAAAAAGAAGAAGAAAAAGGUUCUGGGAGAAAUUGAUGAUGGAAAUGAUGAUCCUUGGGCAAUAAUCGCGAAGAAUAGAGGUGAAGUGAAGGGUGGGUUGAAUGAUGUGGUACAGGCUCCGCCGACAUUCACCAAAGUUCCUAAAGCCAAGUUUAAGGAGCUCCAAGGAGCCAAGGUAGAAGUUUCAGAUGUACCCAAAGCAGCUGGAAGUUUAAGGAGAAGAGAAGAAUUGGGAGAAGAGAGGAAGAAUAUUGUUGAAUCAUAUAGACAAAUGAUGAAGGCUCACAAGGAUAAAGUCAAGUCACAGUAA